AUGGCGAAGUCCAGGGGCCGUCUCUACUUUUGGAUGUACUUGGCUGCCGCGCUGGCAUCUUUCCUGGCAGGAUUUAUGGUGGGCUGGUUUGUUAAGCCUUUGAAAGAAACAACCACUUCACCGCCCUAUCAUCAAAGUAUACGGUGGAAACUCAUAUCUGAGAUGAAAGCUGAAAAUAUUAAAUCAUUUCUUCGUUCUUUUACAAAGCUCCCUCAUCUGGCAGGAACAGAACAAAAUUUACUUCUUGCCAAGAAAAUCCAAACCCAGUGGAAGAAAUUUGGACUGGAUUCAGCCAAGCUGGUUCAUUAUGAUGUUCUCCUAUCCUACCCUAAUGAGACAAAUGCCAACUAUAUAUCAAUCAUGGAUAAACAUGGAAUUGAGAUUUUCAAUACCUCCUACCUUGAGCCACCACCAGAUGGAUAUGAGAAUGUUACAAAUAUUGUUCCACCAUAUAAUGCUUUCUCAGCCCAAGGCAUGCCAGAGGGUGAUCUUAUAUAUGUGAACUAUGCUCGUACUGAAGAUUUUUUCAAACUGGAAAGAGAGAUGAACAUCAACUGUAGUGGAAAGAUUGUUAUUGCAAGAUACGGAAAAAUCUUCAGAGGAAAUAAAGUUAAAAAUGCCAUGUUAGCAGGAGCCAUAGGAAUCAUCUUGUACUCCGAUCCAGCGGAUUACUUUGCCCCUGCAGUACAGCCGUAUCCUAAAGGAUGGAACCUUCCUGGAACUGCAGCACAGAGAGGGAAUGUAUUAAAUUUGAAUGGUGCUGGGGACCCGCUCACUCCAGGCUAUCCAGCUAAAGAGUACAUGUUUAGACUUGAUGUCAAAGAAGGAGUGGGAAUCCCCAGGAUCCCUGUACAUCCUAUUGGGUAUAAAGAUGCAGAAAUAUUACUACGUCCCAUGGGUGGAACUGCUCCACCAGAUGACAGCUGGAAGGGAAGUCUUAAUGUGCAUUAUAACAUUGGGCCUGGGUUCGCAGGGCAUGAUUCCUUCAGGAAGGUAAGAAUGCACGUUCAUAACACCAACAAAAUUACAAGGAUUUACAAUGUAAUUGGAACGAUCAGAGGAUCUGUGGAACCUGACAGGUAUGUUGUUCUAGGAGGUCAUCGGGAUUCCUGGGUGUUCGGAGCUAUUGACCCAACCGGUGGGGCUGCUGUUUUGCAAGAAAUUGUCCAGAGUUUUGGAAAACUGAUGAGCGGAGGCUGGAGACCUAGAAGAACUAUCAUUUUUGCCAGCUGGGAUGCAGAAGAGUUUGGGCUGCUGGGGUCCACAGAAUGGGCUGAGGAGAAUGCAAAAACACUCCAGGAGAGAAGCAUUGCUUAUAUCAACUCAGAUUCAUCUAUAGAAGGCAAUUAUACUCUCAGAGUUGACUGUACACCUCUUCUUUACCAAUUGGUGUAUAAACUAACAAAAGAGAUCUCCAGCCCAGAUGAUGGUUUUGAGAGUAAAUCUCUUUAUGAAAGCUGGUUGGAAAAGGACCCUUCAUCUGAAAAUAUAAAUUUUCCUAGAAUCAACAAACUGGGAUCUGGAAGUGAUUUUGAAGCUUAUUUUCAGAGACUUGGAAUUGCUUCAGGCAGAGCCCGUUACACUAAGAAUAGGAAAACAGAUAAAUACAGCAGCUACCCAGUAUACCAUACGAUUUAUGAGACGUUUGAAUUAGUAGAAAAGUUUUAUGAUCCCACAUUUAAAAAACAGCUUUCUGUGGCUCAGUUACGAGGAGCACUGGUUUAUGAGCUUGCAGACUCUACAAUCAUUCCUUUCAAUAUUGAAGACUAUGCAAAAGCUUUGAAAAACUAUGCAACAAGUAUCUACAAUUUAUCUAAGAAACAUGACCAACAAUUGAGAGACCAUGGAGUAUCAUUUGAUUCUUUAUUUUCUGCUGUGAAGAACUUCUCAGAUGCUGCUUCAGAUUUUCAUAGAAGACUUACACAAGUUGAUCUUAAUAAUCCCAUUGCAGUGAGAAUCAUGAAUGACCAACUGAUGCUCCUGGAGAGAGCAUUCAUCGAUCCCCUUGGUUUACCAGGGAGGCGGUUCUAUAGGCACAUCAUCUUCGCUCCAAGUAGCCACAACAAAUAUGCUGGAGAAUCAUUUCCUGGGAUCUACGAUGCUAUGUUUGAUAUUGAAAAUAAAGAAGACCCCCAUUCAGCCUGGACAGAAGUAAAGAAACACAUUUCUAUUGCAGCCUUUACAAUUCAAGCAGCAGCAGGGACUCUGACAGAAGUAUUAUAG